AUGCGGAGAGGGAAGCUCUGCAGAGCACUGCCUACCCUGAAGUAAACAUUCUGCCAGAAGCACGGCUUGAUGUUUGAGGUGGUUGAUCUGAGGUGGGGUAUUCAGAACACUGAGGCCACUGACUACCUCACCACGGAACUGUGCUUGGAGGAGGUUGACCGGUGUCGGAGAACAUCCAUAGGACCCUCUUUUGUCGCCCUCAUAGGAGACCAGUAUGGCCCCUGUACACUCCCCACGCUGAUCGAGGAGAAGGAGUGGGAGGCACUGAGGGCCCAGCUCACGGCCAGGCCGAGUGACCUGGAGCUGGUGGCACGACGCUUCCGGAGGGACGAGAACGCCGUCCCUCCCACCUAUAUCCUGCAGGCGCUGAGUGCCAGGGAGCCCCGUGGGCCUGAGGAGUCCACCUUGACAUCUGUCCUACAGUCUGGAGCCCAGGAUGCCCAGAGGCUGGGCCUCAUCACCCAGGAGCAGUGGCAUCGCUACCACCGGUCAGUCAUUGAAUGGGAGAUAGAACAGGGCUUGCUGAGCUCUGAAAACGGGGACCAAGGAGCCACCAUCUUCCUUCGAGAGAUUCAAGACCUCAACAAACAUAUCCUGGAAGACUGUGCCCUCAAGAUGGUGGACCGGCUCCCAGACGGCUGCCUGGACACUGAUGCCCAGAACUUUCUCAGCAGCCUUAAGGGGCGCAUCACCAACACACAGCCAGGAGUUCUCAAGGCCCACCAUCUGCCAUGGAGCCGUGACCUGGUAAACCCCAAGAACAAGGCUCACGCUCGCUACCUUAAGGAGCUGAGUGAGCAGUUUGUGGCCAGGGCCAACCACCAGGUUCUCGAACACCUCCGUGAACUGGAGGUGGCCAGACAAGAGUUGGGGUGGCUCUAUCAGGAAAUCCGUCACCACCUUUGGCAGAGUGUGGAGGUUAUCCACACCUUCUGUGGACGCCAGGAACUCCUGGCCCAGCUCGGGCAGUGGCUCAGGCAGAAUGACGGCAAGCCCCAUACCCCUAUGGUGCUUUUUGGACCUCCGGGCAUCGGAAAGACAGCCCUGAUGUGCAAGCUGGCUGAGCAGAUGCCAGGGCUGCUCGGCCCUAAGACAGUGACUGUCCUGCGGCUGCUGGGGACAUCACAGCUGAGCUCAGACACACGCAGCCUUCUCAGGAGCAUCUGCUUCCAGGUGUGCCUGGCCUAUGGGCUGCCCUUGCCCCCUGCCCAAGUCCUGCAUGCACACACUAGAGUGGUCCAGUUUUUCCACACCCUCCUCCACACAGUCUCCUGCAGAAACUUUGAGUCUCUAGUGCUCCUGAUGGAUUCCAUGGACGACCUGAACUCUGCCCACCACACUCAGAGGCUCCGCUGGCUGCCUCUCAAGUGCCCCCCCAGGGUGCACCUCAUUCUCUCGGCUUGCUCCUCCCCUGAGCAGAGGGUUUUGAGUACCAUGCAGCAGAUGCUUAUGGACCCAGGGGCUUACUGUGAGGUGAAGCCCCUCUCAGGAAACCAGGGGCAAGAGAUGAUCCAGCUUCUGCUGGUGGCUGUGAGAAGGACCCUGAGCCCAGUGCAGAGGGACCUGCUCUGGGCCAGUCUCCCAGAGUGCGGACAUCCAGGGCGGCUGAGGCUAGCCUUUGAGGAGGCCCGGAAAUGGGCCUCCUUUACUGUGCCAGCCCCAUUGGCCACCACUGCCGAGGAAGCCACACACCAUCUCUGCACCCGCCUGGAACAGAUGCACGGGCAGCUCCUUGUGGCCCACAUGCUGGGCUACAUCGUUUCUUCCCGGCACGGUCUCUCAGAGGCAGAGCUGAAGGAUGUCUUGUCCUUGGAUGAUGAGGUCCUACAGGCUGUGUAUCAGGACUGGACCCCACCCAGUAAGGAGCUGCUGAGAUUCCCACCCCUGCUGUGGGUGCGGCUUCGUCGGGAUCUGGGCUACUGCUUGGCCCGGCGGCCUGUGGAAGGCUUCACACUCUUGGCCAUUGCCCACAGACAGCUGGCUGAGGUGGUCCGAGAGCGCUACCUGUCGGGGCCUGAGCGAGCCAAGAGGCACAGCAUCUUGGCUGACUUUUUCUCAGGUGCCUGGAGCCAAGGCACCAAGAAACUCAUCACCCUGCCACGCGUGGGGAAGCCCCUGAACUUAGACCGCAAGGUGGCCCCUCAGCCCCUGUGGUUCUCAGACACGGUCGCCAACAUGCGGAAGCUGAAGGAGUUGCCCUAUCACCUGCUCCACUCAGGCCGCCUAGAGGAGCUGAAACAGGAAGUGCUGGGCAACAUGAGCUGGAUUUCUUGCCGGGGUGUCUCUGGAGGCAUGGAGGACCUGCUGGAUGACUUUGAUCUGUGUGUCCCUUACCUGGACUCUCCUGAGGUCAGCCUGGUCCGUGAAGCCCUCCAGCUCUGCUGUCCUGCCGUGGAGCUCCGAGGCGUGGAGCGGAGCCUCCUAUACACAGAACUCUUGGCCAGACUCUACUUCUUUGCCACUUCACAUCCAGCACUGGUGGGACAGCUGUGCCAACAGGCCCAAAGCUGGUUUCGGGUGUGCCCACACCCUGUGCUGGUGCCCCUUGGAGGAUUCCUGCAGCCCCCAGGAGGACCUCUGCGGGCAACCCUGACUGGCUGUCACAAAGGCAUCACUGCCAUGGCAUGGGGUGUGGAGAAGAUGUUGCUGGUGAUUGGCACCCAGGAUGGCAUUGUGGCUGUGUGGGACAUGGAAGAACAGCAGGUGAUCCACCUUCUAACUGGACACACAGGAGAGGUGAGAUGUGUGAAAGUGUUUGCCAAGGGGACCCUCGCCAUCUCUGCUUCAAGGGACCACACGCUGCGCUUGUGGAAUUUACUUUCUGGCCAAGAGAAAUUCACCAUUUGGGAUGGAGGCCCCCAAAUUCCCACUGAACCUCAGAUCUGGAGCCUUCAUGUGGAUGAAGCAAAGAAGGUUGUAUAUUCGACAUCUGGCUCAAAGAUCAGUGCUUGGAAUCUGGAAACUGCAGAGCUGGUUUUCCGCAUUCUGGGAGAUACCUCUGAUCCCUGGAUGUGCACGGCCAUGCUGGCUUCUCAGGCCAGACUGGUGACAGUGUCCAAGGGUGGCGUGGUCAGUCUGUGGAGUUCAGCCAUGGGAGAACUGCACGGGAAACAACAUUUGUCCAGCAUCAAAGAAGAAAUACCAACCUGUGUGGUCGCAGUCCAGAAACAAGGAAAGCUGGUUACUGGGUUUAGCAAUGGCUCUGUCUCUUUGGUUUCCUCCGAAGGAGACAGAUUACUGGAGAAGCUCCCAGAUGCUGUGGGGUUCCUGGUGGUCUCUGAAGAUGAGUCCCUUCUCGCAGCAGGUUUUGGAAGAUCUGUGAGGAUAUUCUUGGCUGACUCUCAGGGCUUUCACCGAUUCAUGGCCACCGAUCUGGAACACGAGGACACAGUAGAGACGGCUGGUUUUGGUCCUAAGAACAAUCUGAUCGUCACUGGGUCCCGUGAUACACUCAUUCAGGUGUGGAGUCUCUCAGAACAGGGAACCCUGCUGCACAUCCUCGAAGGCGUCGGGGCCCCUGUGAACCUGCUGGCCCAGGGUGGGACUUUGAUGGCAUCUGCUUCCUGGCAGUCGUCAUCUUUCAAAGUCUGGGAUCUUGCCUAUGCUCAGAAGCCCCAUGACUCUGUCCCCUUUCUGGACCGCACUGGCCUCACUGCAGUGUCUCACAAUGGAAGCUAUGUCUACUUCCCCAAAAUCGGAGACAAAAGCAAAGUCACCAUUUGGGACUUAGCAGAAGGUGAGGAACAAGAUGUCCUGGACACUUCCAAUGAGGUCAGGUGUCUGGAGGUCGCUGAACAGUUCAAGCUCCUUUUCACGGGCCUUGUUUCAGGGAUCGUCCUGGUGUUCCCCCUGAAUUCCAGACAGGACGUGAUGUGCAUCCCCCCUCCUGAGACCCGGAAAGCCAUCAACUGCAUGUCCUUGAGCAAGGGUGAGGACCGUUUGGCCAUUGCUUAUGACAACAUUGUCCUAGUACUGGACAUCAGCCCUGGGGACCCUUGUCCAGUCAUUGAUGGGCCAAAAUACACCUUUUACACCCAACUGCCUGAGACCAUAUCCAGCGUGGCCGUGCUGGCUGACUACCGCGUGGUCUACGGCAUGACCAAUGGCGAUCUCUUCCUUUACGAGUGUGCGAAUUCCAAAGUGUUCCCGUUGGAGGCCCACAGCAGUCGGGUCACCUGCGUGGAGGUCAGCCACAAGGAGCAGCUGGCGGUCAGUGGGUCCGAGGAAGCAUUGCUGUGCCUCUGGGACCUGCAGGCAUGCAAGUGGAAACUUGAGAUGAGCUACACGGUGCGUGACCCACCAUACCACAGGACCCUGCUGGCCAUGCAGUUUGUCCAUGCUGUGGUAAACAGAAUCAUCCCGACCUCCAAUGGCUUCAUUGCCCCCACCAGAAAUGGUUAUCUCAUCCGAGAGCGUUUCCAGUGCCCUUCAUCAAGAACCUCACAGCAAGACCCUCUCAAAAACUUCAAGAAGGCAGUGUGGAUAGUCAAAUCCAGGCAGAGAGAAGAGCUGGCUGCAGCUGCAGGAGCAUCCCAGGACUUGGGAUCAGAAAGUACCCAGGGAAAUGAACCCAAAUUAAAUAAGCGCUCACAAGUCUGCCUGAUAGUGUAG